CAGGCGCAGCCCUCGGAUUUGUUAUUCUACAGUGGACUGUAUACGGAAACAUGGCGGCGACCCUGAUUUGUGGCCGGCUGGCUGCUAGAUUAAGAAAUUCUGGGUCCGGAAAGACACUAAACAAUGCAUCCAAGGUCCUGUGUGCGACCCCCGGCCUGUUUGGGGGCCAGGGCACUCUGCAGCAGCAGCCUCGACGAAAUCUCUCCCUGCAUGAGUACCUAAGCAUCGGCCUGCUUAAGGACUCGGGAAUCUCCGUACCCGCAGGCAUGGUGGCCAGCACACCGGAGGAAGCCUACACUGUGGCCAAACAGAUCGGCUCCAAGGACUUGGUGGUGAAGGCACAGGUACUGGCUGGAGGCAGAGGGAAGGGCACCUUCGAGGGGGGGCUCAAGGGGGGAGUGAGGAUCGUAUACUCCCCCGAGGAGGCCAGGGACAUCUCCUCGAAGAUGCUGGGCAAGAAGCUGUACACCAAGCAGACGGGAGAACAGGGUCGCAUCUGUAACCAGGUGUUCAUCUGCGAGCGCCGGUACCCGCGUAGAGAGUACUACUUCGCGAUCACCAUGGAGAGGUCCUACCAGGGCCCAGUGCUGAUAGGCAGCUCUCAGGGAGGCGUGAAUAUCGAGGACGUGGCAGCAGAGAAUCCCGAUGCCAUUGUGAAGGAGCCCAUCGACAUUGAGAAGGGUAUCAAGAUGGACCAGGCUGUCAAGGUGGCACAGAAGAUGGGCUUCCCUCCUGCCUUGGUGAACGAGGCUGCGGAGAACAUGAUCAAGCUCUACGAUGUCUUCAUCAAGUAUGACGCAUCGAUGGUGGAGAUCAACCCCAUGGUGGAGGACUCGUCUGGCAUUGUGAUGUGCAUGGAUGCCAAGAUCAACUUUGACUCCAACGCCGCGUACCGCCAGAAGAAGGUGUUCGAUCUGCGAGACUGGUCCCAGGAGGACCCGCGCGACCGGCAGGCCGCCAAGGCCGACCUGAACUACAUUGGAUUGGACGGCACCAUCGGAUGUCUGGUGAACGGGGCCGGCCUGGCCAUGGCCACCAUGGACAUCAUCAAGCUCCACGGCGGAACGCCAGCCAACUUCCUAGACGUGGGGGGCGGAGCCACGACGAGCCAGGUCACAGAGGCCUUCAAGCUUAUCACCUCCGACAAAAAGGUUCAGGCCAUCUUGGUAAACAUCUUUGGUGGCAUCAUGAGGUGUGACAUCAUCGCACAAGGGAUUAUCAUGGCCGUGACGGAUCUGGACCUGAAAAUCCCCAUUGUGGUUCGGCUACAAGGGACGCGGGUUGAUGAUGCAAAAGCCCUGAUCGCCGCCAGUCCGCUGAAGAUCCUGGCGUGUGAUGACUUGGACGAGGCAGCAAAGAUGGUGGUAAAACUCUCUGAAAUCGUCUCCCUGGCAAAAGAGGCCCAGGUGGAUGUGAAGUUUCAGCUUCCUAUUUAAACUGCCCCCACUCUUCUGGAGCAACAGGAGAGUCUGAACUGGAUCCUCCAAAGUGUUGAUGUGGGGUUCAGUGCUACACCUGUAUUUCACUCAUUCUUUCUUCCAUUCUUUCUUGUUUGUUUUCCUUCUUGGCAUGUUACCUUAGGCCCUGGCAUGACACCUUGUGCCCUGUGUCAAAGCAGCAUAACUGUGUGCCCCCUGUGUGCCAGCGCCCCCUGUCUGCCUCUCCCUGAAGUUUUCCAUGCUCCACUUCAUGCUUCCACACCCAGCUGUUUUUUUUUUAUUUAAACCCCACCCCCCUGCUUUCCUGGCCUUUGUACUAUUGUAUGAGAAUAUAUGGCAGCUGUUCUUCCUGCCCCCCAUGGCCUGUCACUGCUAACACUGGCUGUCCAUAUGAUGCAGAGCUGGGACGUCGCUAUGACGGUAUAGUUGUCUGACCCGCCCCUUGUUUAAGUGGCAAAAAGACGAAAUUGGCACUCCCUCAUCUGCUCUUACGUAGCAUAAUGCUGUUUAAUACGCACAAAAAACCUUAGCCUCUUCCCUUAUGGCCUCUAGGAAUGAAUAUUGACCUACAAGACUAUAAAUUUCCCACCCUCACCCCAUGUGUGUUUAAAAAAUGUUGGUUCUAAAUGAAUCUGUUUAAUUUCAGAUAGAAAACAGGUUACUGUCCUGCUUAAUACGCCACAGUAUGAUGAUGAUAAAUAACAGUGGUGGUUUCGUUCCCGUUCUGUGUGCCUUUGGUAGGUCUCUCACACAGGUGAGAGAUGUUUUUGGGGGAAGGAAUGUAGAUUGACAGCUGACCUGCAGAUGAUGGUAAUGGCUUAUGAACAUGUCAAAACAGUAGUAGCUACUGCUACAAGAACGUCAUUUGGUUAUGUAGCAGUAUUUAAAGCAGUCCAAUUAGUGUAAGGUCCAUCUGUUACUGUCCAGAGCUGUCCAGGACAAGUACGCUUGUAUGACAGCAAAGCCCCUUUUAGAAUGCAGAUUAAUGACUUACCAUCCCAAGGUGUCGCUCUCUUUGAUAAACUGCCGCCCAGCCGGAUGUAUUGUACUUGUGUGAUUCCCUGAGCAGAGCUGUGUAUAUAUGGCUAAGGAGUUUUGCUGAGGUGAGGAAAGGAGCUACUGUUGCCAGUAUUAGGGUGACUGAUGAACAACUGCAUGAACAAAUUCUUUUGAAGUGUCUUUACUACCAAAUUUAUUGGAACUGCAGUUUAUAUUCCGAAGCUUAUGAAUAGAAUCCUCACUCUUCUCACCUGCCCGUUUUGUGUACAUAAAUGGAUCUACUUCAUUACGGUUUAGUCACUCGCAGAAUUACAGCCGCCAUGCCGCACUCGCUGAAUUGUUCUCGUCACCUUUUAACGUGACCCUGGUGUUUCUGUUGUCACUGCGGAUGUAGAGGGUCCAUCAAGGAUUCAGAAAGCCCGUGUUGAAAUGCUACUUCUCCCUGUCAUUGUGCACAUGACCCAGAAUUGUAACGCGUUUUUGUAAAUAAGACCAACUCCUCUUUGUUGAAUAUUUGAAAUUUGCUAUUACGGGCAACAAGGGCAUAGGACAAUGACUGAUUAUUAAACGUCUGGAACACCAAAAAUG